GUUGAAUAAAAAAGAGCCUGUACUUAUUCACACAAACAAUUAAGAUCAAAUCACCAUGACAAAUACUGGUAUUCGUUUUCUCGCAGGGAGCAGCCAUCCGGUGCUUGCGAAGCUCGUGGGCGAUAGUAUCGGAUAUGGAACAGGAUCUAAGGGUCUCUUGAGCACGAAAUUCUCCAACGGCGAGACUCUAGUUACCAUUGGAGAAUCAGUUCGAGACGUCGAUGUUUUUAUCCUGCAAACAGCCUCGGAGUCUGUUAAUGAUGCGUUGAUGGAACUGCUGAUUGCAAUUAGCGCUUGCAAGAUGGCUUCCGCCAGGCGCAUAACCGCAGUCUUGCCAUGCUUCCCUUACGCGCGGCAAGACAGAAAGGAUCGAAGCAGGGCCCCAAUUACGGCCAAACUAGUGGCCAACAUGUUGGAGGUCGCUGGAUGCAAUCACGUAAUAACAAUGGAUUUGCAUGCCUCUCAGAUUCAAGGGUUCUUUAACAUCCCAGUUGAUAAGCUCUAUGCGGAAAAAGUCAUGAUUGAGUAUAUCAAGCGCCAAUACGUGGUGGGAGAUUUGGUGAUAGUUUCUCCAGACGCCGGUGGUGCGAAGCGAGCUGCUUCCAUAGCGGAUAAACUAGGCGUCGACCUCGCAAUCAUCCACAAGGAACGCAAAAUCGCAAACCAGGUCAGCCGCAUGAUACUAGUCGGCAACGUUGCAGGAAAAACGGCAGUGGUCGUAGACGACAUUGCAGAUACCUGCGGCACUCUUUCAAUGGCUGCAAGCGUGCUGAAAGGAUCGGGUGCCGAGCGAAGCAUCGCUAUUGUCACGCACGGGUUCUUAAGUGGUCCGUCUGUGGCAGUCAUCGAGAGCAGCGAUCUGGAGUGCUUGGUGGUUUGCAAUACUCUACCUCUUCCGGAACAUGCUCGCUCUUGUUCUAAAAUCCGGCAACUGGACGUGAGCUAUCCCAUUGCCGAGGCGAUUCGCAGGACACACAAUGGAGAAUCGAUAUCCAUUCUAUUCUCAUGAUGCACUAAUGGUGUAUAAUUGGUUGCUCUGGGUGGAUCACAUUUGCGUGGCGGAAUAACGACGGCCUGUUAAACUGGGAGCUCCCCUCCCCUUUUCCAAUAAAAGUCUUGCUUCAAACUCGUAUUGCCAAUCCUAGCUGCUAC